AUGGUAAACGCCACAGAAACUGGAUGUAUGAAAGUUUUACCGCACGAACAUGAUUCUACAUCAUAUUAUGAUACUUUGUGCUCUUUAAAAAUGAAAGAAGCAGCCAAAAGUAUUAAUUUUAAAAACAAAACUACCGCUGAAAUUGUAGGAAACAAUUAUGUUCAAGGCUCCGUUAAAAGGCUGUCUGCUUGUGCAAGAACCAUUCGAUUGGAAAAGGAAAUAGCAACAAAUCCAUCAAAAAUUGAAGAAAUUACUUUUACUGAAGAAGAAAUGACAUUUCUGUUGUUUAGAGACGAAGACAUGUUAAUUUUUGGAAACAGGAAUUUGUUUGAGUUUUUCAUCAAUGCAAACGUGAUAAUGAUGGAUGGGACCUUUAAAUCGUGUCCUAAGCUAUUUUCACAACUGUACACUUUGCACGCUUUAAAAAACGGAGAGUCUUUCCCCGUUUUUUAUGCCUGUUUGACAUCUAAAACAAAAGAGACUUAUUCCAAACUAUUCAAUCAAAUUGAAAGAUUGUGUGAUAAAGAAGUGUUUCACAAUAAUGUUGUCGUUAUGGGGGAUUUUGAGGUUGUACAUUUUAAAGACCUGUUUGGAAGUGAGGUGACAAUAAAAUGUUGUCAUUUCCACUUUUGCCAAUCUCUGUACAGGAGAGUAUUGACAAUGGGAUUGUCUCGCCGUUUUGUGGAAGGAGACACUUUUAAGUUGGGUGUCAAAAUGCUCAUGGCAACUGCUUAUUUACCAGAAGACGUUAUUGUUGAAACAUUCAAAAGAAUCAAAAGUGAAAUGGGUGGUGAUGAAGAUUUUGAAAAGUUUCUAGAGUAUUUCGAAAACAACUAUAUCAAAGGCGUGUUUAGAACAGCAAAUUGGUCGGUGUUUGGAUUAUCUGAAAGAACAAAUAACAGGUCAGAAAGUUUCCAUUCCGCACUUAACAGAUACAUCGGCACGACACAUCCAGUCAUCCAUAAGUUUUUGGAAAAAUUGUUGUCUUUUCAAAAAAUUAUCAAUUUGAAAUAUCAAGCAUAUGAAACUAACCUUCAAAAAAGUCGCCAAUCAAAUUUGUCGAUUAAGAAAAAUUUGACAUUGAAAGAACUACAAAAUUAA